UCCAAUUAAAAUUAACAGAGCGACUCCACAGUACCCUGUAUCUUUCUCACCGCCAAAAUUUCCAAACGGCAGAAUAUUUUCUUGCAUCUCGAAAUUUGUUAACAGCCACCCCGCCAGCUUUACCAUUCGAAGCUCAUAGGUUCCGUACGGCGCAAAACGAAGUGAUUUAAUCAAGAUGAGACCUUUAACAGAACCCGAGACCAAAGUCCUCUUUGAGAAAUUAGCCAAUUACACUGGCACCUCCCUCAAGAAUCUAAUUGCCCCCCUCGACGAUUCCCCCGACGCCGACCGAUAUGUCUUUCGUUUGAACCGCGACAGAGUCUACUAUGUGCUAUUAUCUGUCGCAAAUUUAGCUACAUCAAUAGCAAGAGAUAACCUAGCGUCGCUAGGAAUUUGCUUAGGCAAAUUCACAAAAACUGGAAAAUUCCGACUCCACGUAACAGCUCUUCCAAUCCUCGCCGAACAUGCGCGAUACAAGCUCUGGAUCAAACCAAAUGGCGAAAUGCCGUUCUUAUACGGCGGAAAUGUGGUGAAGGCGCAUGUUGGGCGAUGGUCGGACGACUGCCCGUCGCAUCAGGGUGUUGUUGUAUACAGUAUGUCCGACACACCCCUCGGCUUCGGAGUAACUGCGCGCAGCACCGCCGAAGCCCGCCGUCUCGACCCCACGGGCAUUGUGUGUUUUCGACAGGCAGAUUGCGGAGAGUACCUCAGAGAUGAAGAUACGCUGUUUGCUGGUUAAUCCACUAUCACGGACAAGAGAUAAUAAAAAAUGGUUAUGACCAGGUGGGUGUACAUAUAGAAAGAGACGUUUGGAAGCUCUCGACACUCAAAAAGAAGGGAAGAAGGCCUGGAGUUUGGAAUCGGCUUGAGUUAUAUGCAUUUAUGGGCGUUUUGCGGCUAUCUACA